ACAAAACACUCUCCAUUCGCCCCGGUGUUGUUAAUUCCCGUUCCGUUCGCUAGAAGAAACCUGUGAUAAAUGGCUCAUUCGUUUGCAAAUGAACAAACGGAUUCUACUAUUCCGCUAGGCGCAAAUAAAGGCGGACCCCAUGGGCUCGGCGAUCCGGAAGACCGUCGACUGCGGAAAGUGGAGCUGGAGGUGCUGAUUCCCAAAAUAAUGCGGGAACGUGCUAAAACAGAGAAGUGUUUGACGGAGGUGAAGGCAUUCGAAGAUUGCUGCAAGGGUUCCGGUUUGUUCAUGGUAGCCAAAUGCCAAGAACAGAACGAUGCCCUCAAAGCCUGCAGCCUGGAGUGGUACCGGAACGAACAGUUUAAGAAAGAAUGCACCGAAAUCUAUCUGGUGGAACGAAGUGAAUUCCGAAGAACAGGGCUACCGAAAAAGUUUCGAAAGAAUAAUGCUACUGAUCAGUAAGAACGUAAACUGUUUUAUUUUGAUUUAAUUCACGAAAAGAUGGUGAUGAGACAUAAAACGCGUUUUGUUUCUAUUGGUACUAUACGUUAUGAAGUGUUCUAUUAGAGAAUAGGAAUAAAAACUUGUCAUGUAUAAUUGAAGUCAGCCAGCUUUAAACGUAAUUACCCCUAAAAUCUUUUUUGUUUACUGAUUUUUCUCCUGGCGACAAGAUCUGUUGAUUUUCUAUGCUUUCCAAAACACAUUUUGUAACAGCAAAAUAAAACAGGGAACAACAAUGCAGCGGCUACGAACAUGUGCAUUAUAAUAGCAUCUAACGAGUAGUAGAUAUGCCAGGGUAACUUUGCUCCAUACGAACGAGUAUAUCCCUUAGAACCGUUUUCGAUUACAUUGAUGAUCGACCAAAGAGCCAAAUCAAGCGGUUGCUGGGCACGAUUGUUGAAAGCUUUAGCUAGCACUUGAGCAUUUUGCUUUCU